AUGAGAACACCGCUGUUGCUGCUGUUAGUUUAUAUUUUACCGGUUAAUUUGGCUGCUUCGUUGUUUCUACGGCGCUUUAGUCGUGAUUCUACUCCUUGGGGAUUCCUGUGCCCAGUCCAGGGUGCUUACCAAUUGCCAUCGUGUCACUCCAGCCAUUACAAACCUCAAUACAGGGAGUUGUCCGGACCGGUUGCUGUUCGCGAGAAGUACCGGGGUGUUUUCAGGCAGCACUUUUGCGUGGCUGCGCAUGAGGAGGAAGGCACCGCUGAACCGAUUCAGCACUCUCCGCCUGGAAAGUCGGCCGAGGAUGAUACAUUGGCUCAACUGCGUCGUGAGCUUCGUGAGAGGCACGGUUCGGAACACCCGCUGCGAGAGCACUACAUCAAGGGCACCGGCCCCGGCGGGCAGAAGGUCAACAAGUCGGCCAACUGCGUGCAGCUGAUCCAGUUUUCCGCUGCGCUGGGCACCAACGUCGUGGUGAAGUGCCACAUGCACCGUUCGCUGCUGGACAACCGCAUUGAGGCCACUCGGAUCCUGUUGCGCAGGCUGGACGAGGCCGAGGAGCAGCAGUCACGCGCCCUGCGCCGUCUGGCCGAGAAGGAGAAACGCCGCAUCCUGAAGCUCACCCCUGCGGAGAAGGCCCGUAAGAAGUUCGAAAAGCAGUUGAGGGCGGAAAAGAAGGCGACGCGCCGCCGGUGGAAGGUUGACGAGGAUUGGUAG